CAGUGUGUUGUGUUUUGCUGUGGUAACCAUAUGUGUCGUUGUGCUGUAAUGUGUUGCUUUGUAUUGUGCUGUGUUGUAGUGCGUGUUGGUGAGUGGCUUCUUCACUGUUGCAGGAUGCGGGGCCAGCACCAGCGAUUCAGAGUGCGGCCUCAGAGCGUGGAAGUGCGGGAAGGAGAGGACGUGUUUCUGGAGUGCAUCGUGGAGCACCAGCAGGGCAAGGCACAGUGGACCAAGGAUGGCUUCGCACUGGGUUUCGAGCGGCUGGUGCCCGGCUACCCACGCUACUACUACGAGGGUGACCCGGCGCGCGGGGAACACCACUUGCUCAUCACGGGAGUCACGCUAACGGAGGACGGGGAGUACCAGUGUCAAGUGGGACCGACCGCUAUCAGCCCGCCUAUCUGGGCCGCUGCCAACGUUACAGUCAUAUUGGCGCCCUCCUCUGUCACGAUCGUGGGCUGGGAGAACGGCGCCGUGGUGGAGGUGAUGGUGGGCUCCUCCCUCACCCUGGAGUGCCUGGUGGCUGACGCGCGCCCAGCUCCUGGCGCCGUCUGGUACCGAGCUGGCAGGAAGGUGGACCCUGAUCUACAAGAGGACCGCGUAGAGGCUUCCAGUCUGGCGCGACGAUGGAGUUUGCGAUCUCAGUUGGUAGUGCAGGCAACAGCAGCUGAUGACGGGAAAGGUUUACGCCUGCCACGCCCUGCAUCCCGCCCUGCACGACAUGCCCCACGGCCUGCACGCCAGCAUCACUCUCUCUGUCCUGCACCCACCCGGCCCUCCCACCAUCACGGGCUACGAGACAGGCGAAAUUUUGCUGGCAGGGGAGAGGCGCACCUUAACCUGCCGCGUCUCAGGAGGAAACCCGCGCCCCUGGGUCUUGUGGUACCGUGACGGGCGGCUGGUCGAUGACACCACCUCCGAGGACGCCGACGGGGUGUUCAACGCCUACGAGGUCUCGGUGACAGCUGAAGAAGGCGGCGCGGUGUACGAGUGUAGCGUGACCAAUGAUCUGCUGGAGACACCCUACACUGCUAAUGUCACGCUCACUGUGUACUGUGAGUAUAUUGUGUCGGCAAUAAAUUAUCUAGU